AUGGAUGCUAAGACCUGGAACGGUCUUAAAAACACCUACAUUGACACCACCCAACCUAUUGCUGCUAAUCUCAGACGUUCCCCCACCAGAGAUAGUGAGGAGGAAACAUCUGUGGCCUCACUAAAGGAGACCACCAAGAUCACCCCUACAAAAUCCUCUUCCUCUGGCCACGUUUCGGCCAUAAGAACCAUCCCUCCUCCUACCAAGGUGAAGAAGGAUGCCCCUGUUGCUACUGAUGGCAAGCAGGGCAAGAAGAAAUCUCCUACCAAACCUCCUCCAAGAAAAGGGGAACGUUCAAGUCAGAGGAUAAAGAUGGAGAGUGAAGACAAUGAGCCUUUGGCAAAAAGGCUGAAGAUUGGACGGAGGUCAGCACCAAAACUAGCUGCAAAGGAGACGUCCCCAAGCAGCUCAGACUCUACAUUUUCUGACAUUCCAUCCCCACCACAUGCUCACUCUCCACUACAACAAAUCACCCCACAACCUUCUCCUAGGCAACAACAAGGAGAGGGACAAAAAGACAAAGAAGCAGCACCUGCUGCAGAAACACCAGUGGUUGAGCAAGAAGCUCAACCACAAAAGAAAGAUGACAAAGGAAAGGGGAUUCUUGUGGAAUCCCCUAAAAAGAAGGCGAAGCCAUCCGUCCCCAGGCAAAUUAGUCUGGGAGGCCCUCUUUUGUACCCCAUCAAUCAUCCUGACACCACUGGGGAUGAAGCUCUAGCUAGAGCUCUGGUAGAGGAAGAAGGGAUGGCAGUUCCUCCACUAAUGGAGAAACAUAUUGAAGCAAUACCCUCAUCAUUCAGACCCCCAGAGGAUGAGCACCAGGCAAGCACCUGA